AUGUUUGUCUUGUGCGAGGAAUGGGACGUUGACGAAGCGCUCCACCACUUCUCGGCGGCGGCUUCAACCAGUAGACAGCGACAGGAACCCCUACCGGAGGAAGAAGGUAGUAGAGGUGGGGGCGAGUCUGUUCCAAGUCGAGACGGUUUCGAGUGGGGACCGGUGUGGCUACUUCAGGGUCUCGACGACAAAGCUGUCGCGACCGCGCUCGCGGCAGCCUUCGACAAAGCCUCCGGCGGGACGCUGAGCUACUACUCGCGCCAUCUCCUCCUGGAGAACAGCAGGCGAGGUGGGAAGUCGAGAUCGGGCGAUAACAAAGGCGCCGUGACGUCGCGGGGGAUCGGUGCGAAAACUCAGACACCGUCCAGGCCUAAGACGAGCUCUUCGACAGCUGACAUGUCUGUCAUCGCCGGCUCACAUCCAAACAAGGUGGCCGAGGUCGAUACUCCUGGUGAAGAUACGGAGGCGGCGGCGGGCCUGGGAGCGGCAAAUGUUGGCCAGAACAUUCGGGUAGUCAGAUUGGGAUUUGUGUCGGCGCAUUUCAGGUGGCAUUCCGUCGGUAGACUAACCAUAGGUCUACUGGAGCGCCUCUGCACCAGCCGUGGUCUACAGAUUUUCGUGAUCGACGCCUCGAGCGGCGGUCGUCACAGGAGCACGGCAGGGAAGCCAACCGCUACCACCGUUCAGGAUACCUCUCGAGGCCAGCCGGACGAAGACUUCGUCCUCGAGAGGCUCGCCGCGGCGGGGGCUUCGAUCGUGCGAAUACAGGCAGCGGCGGCGCCCUCCCCCAGGAAUGGUGCCGACGCCACCUCACCAACACGCUUGGCACCAACAACGAAAGUCGAAGGAAGCUCUGGUAGUGGUAGCGGUGGAGCCGGCAGCGAUGCGUUGCAGACAGCACGGGAGGCCAUCGCCGAGCUGCGGCUCGAUGUCCUAGUCUACGGCGACGUCGGGAUGGACGCGUUCACCACGGGGCUGGCGCACGGCCGGCUCUCUCCCGUCCAGGUGGCUUUCUGGGGACACCCAGGCACCACCGGGCUGUCAACCAUGGACUACUUCGUUACGUCGGACCUUUUCGAAGGGGAGCUCGGUGCAGGCUUGGGUAGCAGGCGACGACUGCGAAGUAACGACGGGGGUGACAGCAGUGCAGAUGACGAUACACGCUAUGUUGAGCAGAGGGAGGAAGCCGGACGCAACCCCGACGGUGUUGGUGAUGAGGCCACAGCAGCGGGGGGUGAGGGCGACGGACUCGAGGCUUGGGCAGGAGCCGAAAGACCCGACAGGCAGCACGCGUUCUCGGAGCAACUCGUGAGGCUGGGUGGGCUCGGAUUCAUCUUCGACGAUCCUGUGCUGACGUUUGGGUGGGAUUCCGCGGGCGAGGACUCGGGCAUCGUGCCAGGUAGCAAUGAACCAUCCCGAGACUCUUGGAAUGGUAGCAGAAACGGGAAGCACGACAGAGGAAUGGAAGAUAGAAAACAACGUCACUCGGAGAACAGCCCCCCUUCAUCCGGCGGAGGCGACGGUCGUGCCGCUUCUUCUCCGGAUUUAAUGAAGAAGAGGGAGGCUGAGGAAGCGAAUCGUCCACGGCUCUACGUCUGCGCCCAGUCCCUCAUGAAGAUGCACCCCGCGUUCGAUGCGGUACUCGCCGGCAUCCUGGCGGCGGAUCCCCUGGCGCAGAUCCUGCUCCUCCGAGACUCUCGCCAACUCCUGUGGCACUCGCGGUUCCGGCGGAGACUUCGGGCGGCGGUAGAUGCGGCCGAAAAAAGAGCCAAUUUCGCCGCCGUCUCUACGGGUACAGCUGCAGCCCAAAACGGGACCGGCCCGGCGUCGUCGCCGAUACGGGGAGGGCUUUGGGGGCGAGUGCGCUUCGUGAGCCCCCUGUCCGGGCGCGAGUUCUUCCGUCUUCAGUGUCGCGCGGACGUGGUCCUGGACCCGUUUCCCUUCGGCGGGGGAGUGACGACGUUAGAGGCGCUGGCGUGCGGGACGCCAGUGGUGACGGCGGGCGCCCUGCAGAGCGUUCACCGGCUCGCCGAAGGCCUACUUGCCGCCGCGGCCAACACGCAAUGCCAAGGCCGGGAAGAGCACCACCCAAAGGACCACAAGGGCGAAGCAGGAGCACUAAAGACGACGCCUAGCGGUAGGAAUACCGGCGGUUGUGUUGGUCCGGCAGGGGGCGUGCAGCAUGCGGCCGGCGAGGCACCGGCAGGAGGGGUAGCAGAAAAUCGUCGCGAAACCACGACAAAGCACCCCGAUGAGGGGAGUGGUGGAUGCGUGCCAACAACGCGGCACACCCCUGGGGCAGCUGCUGGCACAGCGGGUGCGAGCGACGCAGCCGUGAACACCGACGACGAGCAACACAUGGACAACAACGUGCUCGUGCGAAGCCUCGUGGCGAGGUCAACGACAGAGUACAUCGCAAAGGCUGUCGCAGUGGCCGCCCCCGGAGCGCUCAAGAGGAAGGUUCGACGGGCGUUGCGCUGUGGUCGCAACGGCCUGCUGCACGGAGGAGGACGAGGAGCAGGAGGAGGAGACGGUGAGGAUGGCAGCGACGUGGCGGCGGACUGGGAGAGGUUCCUGACGAACGCCGCCGCGUCGGCCACCACCGCGGACUCUUUGGCACGGAGCGUGUGA